GUAGGCUAUUGAUUCAUCAGUGUGUUUCUGCAGGAAUUUACCUGCUGAACGCACUGAGUUUGAGCUUCGUACUGGUAUUCUGAAGCCAUAAAGCAGCGAUAGAUAUGAGGGGUAGUAUAACUGCAGAUGAAAAUACAUGAUUCACACACCGACAGAUAUGGCGUGUGUUUCAAGCUGCCCAAAACCGCUUCUGAAUGAAACACUCCACAAGUCCCUCAGCGAUCUUCCUUUCAUUAAAGCCAUUGUCAAAGUGCUUGUUCAAAACCAGGAUGACACACACAAUCAUUUGCCACUGUUAAUACACAAAAUUACAUGUAAUAUGCACGCAGCCUUUUUCAUUACCGGUGCACGCUCUGGAUUUGAUACGACGAUGCUAAAAUAAAUCUUCAUUUGUCGCGUGUUUUAGUCUUCAAAUAAAGUUCAAGAGCUCUACUUGAUGUGUACAUAAUUUAGUAGAGUAAAAACAAUUUCACAACUCCAGUUUUAUUCUACAUAUGAAGGGAGAAAACACAAGAGAAAGGCGUUAGUGGAGAAGCACAGACACUGAACAGAGCAGGUUGAAUCUACACGGUUCUCAUGCUGUGGUUAAAUGCGCAGCUCUGCCCAGCAGCGGCUCAUUGUUAGUCAGUUUGUGUGAGUCCAGGUUUGCCCCGAGAAAUCAUGGCAGAAGAAACCGCUCCAGCAGCUGCCGCGACCAAAGCGGCCAAGAAGAAAUCAGCAGUUAAACGCAAGAGAACCGGCCCAAACGUCCGCGAGCUCAUUGUCAAGAUUGUGUACGCAUCUAAGGAGAGGAGCGGUGUGUCCCUCGCUGCCCUGAAGAAAGCGCUCGCUGCCGGUGGCUACGAUGUGGAGAAGAACAACUCCCGCGUCAAGAUUUCCCUUAAGAGUCUUGUGACUAAUGGCAUUCUGAUCCAGCCCAAAGGGACCGGCGCCUCUGGCUCCUUCAAGCUCAACAAGAAGCAGGCCGAGACCAAGACAAAACCUGCUAAGAAAGCUGCUUCUAAAGCCAAGAAACCCGCAUCCAAGAAACCUGCUGCCGCUAAGAAGCCCAAAACUGCAGCAACAAAGAAACCCAAAACUGCAGCAGCAAAGAAAUCCGCCGCUAAGAAAUCGCCGAAGAAGGUGAAGAAACUAGCCGCUAAAAAGGCAACAAAGAGCCCCAAGAAGGCAAAGAAACUAACGACUCCUAAAAAAGCAGCCAAGAACCCUAAAAAGGCGAAGGCAGCCAAACCCAAAACGGCGAAACCUAAAGCAGCCAAGCCUAAAAAGACAGCAGCAAAAAAGAAAUAAAAAAAAAAAUAUUUUUUUUUUUUUUUUUAUUAAAAAGGCUCUUUUAAGAGCCACCCACUAAUUUAUAGUAAAGAGCAUUAUUUCAUCGGUCUUCUGUCCAGUGAUAGUGCCAUUAGCUUUACACUAUCAAGUUUUAGUGUUAGAGCAAAAUAUGGCCGCUUUGUUCAUGUGCAAAUACAUUUCUAAAUUUGGUGAGAAUGUGAAUUUCUUGAGUAUGUGUGUAGACAUUUACAUUUUAAAUACCAGUAAAUUCUUAAACUACACUGCUUCAAGACCGACUUUAAUUUAUGCUUAAAACCAGACAAUAAAAUGAAAAAUGGCAGUUCAACGUGCUUUACAGUCAUAACUUGGACAUACUGAAACAUAUUGAAAAACAAUGAAAAUUUAAGAAAUAAAAACUGAAGAAAUGAAUUAAGUAUUUAAAUAAAGAAAUACGUUAAAGGAAGCUGAUGUAGUAGUACUACACUCUCAGCUACUAUUCAACCCUGCCUCAAGGUUGAAUAGCUUAUUUUUUUAUUAUUGCAAACAAUUCAAAGAUGACAUUAAUGAAAUACAACUUUGCAUACAUUACACAGAAUGUGUUACACACCAUGUUUUCCUCCAUUGAAUUAUCCAUUUUAGAACCCCCCAAAAAUUCCCUUUUGUAGAAAUUGAGUUUUGAGAUUGAGAAAGUUGACGAAUAAAUGUAUUAUUACAUUCUUUAACGAAACACCUC